AUGUUAAGUAUCUUGCCCAAAUCCAACAUCGCGAAAUCAACUAGCCUUAGUGCCAAUGAUGAGGCAGCCAACGCCCUCCACAGCAUUCUCAUGUUGUUGAAAAGGUCUUUGGAGGAUAAGCUAAAGCAAAGGGAGAUGGAGUUAGGCAAGAUUUUAAGCGCGGUUGAUUCCACUAAGGCUGAGAAGGAGAAAAGAAAAGUUGAUUAG